AUGUCAGGAGGGGAUGCGAGAUAUUUUACAUCGUACAAAAAAGGGGAGAUUGCUGAGUGGCGUAACGAAAUAAACAACCCCGACAGAGAUAAGAAGAAAGGAGCCGUUAAAAAAGUUAUCGCCGCCAUGACUGUUGGGAAGGACGUAUCCAUGCUCUUUACAGAUGUUGUAAAUUGCAUGCAGACCGGCGAUGUAGAAAUGAAAAAGUUGGUGUAUCUCUACUUGAUCAACUAUGCCAAAAAUCAACCUGACUUGGCAAUUCUUGCCGUCAACACAUUCGUAAAGAAGGACACACAAGAUCCAAAUCCUCUCAUAAGAGCUCUUGCUGUGCGAACCAUGGGAUGCAUCCGUGUUGAUAAAAUAACCGAAUAUCUAUGCGACCCACUUCAGCGCGCACUAGAUGAAGAUCCCUACGUAAGGAAAACAGCUGCCAUAUGUGUUGCAAAGCUUUUUGAUAUUAAUGCAGAGCUGGUCCGGGAUCGGGGCUUCCUUCAUCAGCUUCACGAUCUUCUCGCUGACAGCAACCCUAUGGUCGUUGCCAACGCAGUUGCAGCGCUCUCUGAGGUCCAGCACAGCUCCUCGAGCGGCAUCGAAAAUUUCACACUAGCAUCAGAUACGGUGCACAAACUCCUUGCUGCUUUGAACGAGUGCACAGAAUGGGGUCAAGUAUUUAUCCUUGACUCCAUAUCAUCGUAUUCUCCUCAAAAUGAAAGGCAAGCCGAAAGUAUUAUUGAACGCGUGACACCGCGCUUACAGCAUGCAAACUGCGCUGUUGUGCUUUCUGCUGCCAAAGUAUUAAUCAGUCAGCUGGAGGGAGUUCGAAAUUCUGAUGCUGUUUCCCAUGCUGUUAGAAAAUUGGCACCUCCACUUGUUACUCUCUUGAGUGCAGAGUCAGAAAUUCAAUAUGUUGCACUUCGAAACAUCAACUUGAUCAUCCAAAGGUACCCAGAUGUUUUGCAGGAUGAAAUAAAAGUUUUUUUCUGCAAAUAUAAUGACCCGGCAUUUGUGAAGCAAGAAAAACUUGAAACCAUGGUGAAGCUUGCUUCGCAAGAAAAUAUUGAGCAGGUGUUACUCGAGUUUAAAGAGUAUGCGACCGAAGUAGAUGUGGAGUUUGUCAGGAAAUCAGUGCGAGCUAUUGGUCGUUGUGCAGUUUCCAUCGCCGACUCUGCAGAACGUUGCAUUGGGGUGCUUCUUGAACUGAUAAAAACAAAAGUGAAUUAUGUUGUUCAAGAGGCGAUCGUUGUCAUCCGCGACAUUUUCAGGCGGUACCCAGAUCGGUACGAGGGCGUGAUUGGGGCAUUGUGUGACUCGCUUGAUUCACUGGAUGAGCCGGAGGCAAAAGCUUCGAUGGUGUGGAUUAUCGGCGAGUAUGCCGAUCGCAUAGACAAUGCAGAAGACCUAAUGGACGUAUUCUUAGAGACUUUUUCUGACGAAGCAGUGGAUGUACAACUGCAGCUGUUGACCGCAACAGUUAAAUUAUUCCUCAAGAAACCCUCAAGCGGGCCGCAAAACCUCAUUCAAAAAGUUCUGCAUCAAGCAACAAGCGAUACAGACGACCCGGACCUUCGAGACCGAGCAUAUGUCUACUGGCGGCUGUUGUCAUCUGAUCCUGAAGCUGCAAAAGAGGUUGUCCUGGCAUCGAAACCGAUGAUGAGUAAUGACCGCGCAUACCUUGAUCUUGAGGCACUUCAACAACUUCUAAGACAGGUUUCAACAUUGAGCUCCGUGUACUAUAAGAUUCCCUCUGCAUUUGCGCCACGAUCAACCAACAUCAUUAAUGGAGUGAACCUCGACGAGACCAUGUCCAGCGAUCUUGCUGACAGUGCAAACAAGAAAGGUGCUGAAAAUAGUGCUUCUGCAUCUCUUUCACCGACGCCGGGGGUGGAUAUGCUGGCGGACCUAAAUGAUGGUUUUGAAGCUGCUGCGAAGCAAAGCGCAAGUGCAAAUCUAGAUAGCUUCGCCGCGUUUCCAGAAUCCCCUGGCACAUUCUUAACCAGACCUUCUUCUUCGCAAGCGUCAAAUCCAUCAUCAGGCGCUUUCGCUAAAUCUACUUUACCUUCAAGCAGGAGACCUGUCCUUCUGUCGGAGCAUGCCUCCUCUGGUCUUCGGAUAAGUGGAUCAAUUGUCAGCCGCGGCGAUGGAAUGCCAUAUUAUGAUUUUCUUAUCAGUAAUUUGACCCAGAAACCAUUGACUGGAUUUCAGUUUCAAUUCAACAAGAACUUUUUCAUGUUGGCCCCAGAGCAGCAACCAGAUGAUGGUAUGAUUUCACCUGGUGAGAGUAAAAGCUGCAUGAUCCCGCUAUCAUACUUGGGAACUUCUGCUGGAGGAAAAGCGUCUCUUUUGCUUCAGGUUGCUGUCAAAUCUCCGCUUCAAAAUGAUGCUAUUUUUUACUUCAAUGAUCAAAUACCAUUGGAAGCUAUCUUGCAGCCUGCGGCUGAAAUGGGUUUUGAACUGUUUACAGAAAUAUGGCAGUCGAUAAGAAUGGUUGAUAAAUGCACCAAGCGGCUCGAUGUGUCUUGGCCAUUAUCUGGUGCAAGCAUCGAGGGCGCAUUGGCAAAGCUUGAAAACAAUAAGUUCAAUACCGUGUCGCUCAAAUCUAAUGAUGAUGCUCACGUGGCCUUUGUUAUGGGGAAAAUUAUGCUGGCAAAAUCAGAAGAAUACAUCCUCUUGCAAAUCACUUUUGCCAUUGGCACCGGUGCGAUUGAUGCGGCAUGUCGGUCGCGAGUGGAAGGCAUAUCGGACUUGACCUUGCUUGCCGUGCAUCGCUUGAUGUCUUGA